UGUCUUAAUCUGUUCCCAUGGCGCAGUUUCACGUUGACCUAUUUCCCCCCCUUACAGCCUAUUAGAUGGUCGGAAGGAGGGUGUUGACAGUUCAGAUAUGCGUACUAGAACAAGGAAUAUGAAAGAAUGCAUGGCACGAGACUGUUAAUCGGAGUCGCACGUGGCUAUGAGAAAUUGGUGGUGAAGAAGACGCACUAGACCUGGGAAGAGCGCGCGCAGGUUACAUCGCCGCCCAUAAUGCAAGUCUACCUAUUCUAUUGUCUAUUUUGUUCUCGUUAUAUGGAAAGGGCGUACGUCUAUUCUUAAAGUCAUUUUGCUCCGGUGAAAUGGAGAUUCGUGCUUUUCGCUUGUAAUCGGAUUAGACGGUGCUUCGAGUCCGAAGCGAAAUGCCUAGAACAGCUUCCCAAACAUUCGGUGACAUCAGCAAUGGGCAGUCUCUAACCACCUUAUCACCAAGUAUAAAUAAUGUGGAAUAGUGUAGCCCGAGUCACAACAUAGCCCAGGGCAACGUCGGCAUUCAGACACAGUGUUAGAAAGGGUGGGAGGAGAUUUUCAGUCGGAGGAAAGUCGACUCGCUUUCCAUCUUCCAAGACGCAUCCCGGGACGUCGAGAACAGUUAUCCCAGCUCCAGCGCACCAUGCUGGGCAGCGCGAAGAAGGCAAGUCCGUCUCAGAAGAACGGGUCAGGAAAGAACGGGUCGAAGAGCACCGACCCUUUGAAGAAUUUAGGUGUGCAUGAUGAUGAGGAUGUGCGUCGGAUGCUCCACGGGGCGGCCAUGAUGAAGGUGCGGUCGCCGCGGUGGCAGAGGAGGAGGAUGAUGAAGCUCCUUGACGACGGGGUGACCGUCUAUCUGGAGUCCACCAAGACCUCCAGCAGGGCCGCCGCACGACAAUCAUUCACGGUGACGGACGUGGAGUGCGUUCUGGAAGGCUGCCAGUCGGAGGCGCUGCGUAAGAUUGGCAAGAAGGUGAAUGAGGAGGAGUGUCUGACCAUCGUCUUCAAGGGCCCCAGGAAGAGCCUGGACAUCCACUGCCCCAGCCAGCAGGACGCGCAGAGCUGGGCACGCGGCAUACGCACCCUGCAGGGACGGCUGGAGAACAUGACCCAGACACAGAAGCUCGACCACUGGAUCCAUGGGUACCUGAAGCAGGCCGACCUUGACCAGGACGGCAAGAUGAGCUACGAGGAGGUGCAGACGCUGCUGCAGAUGAUCAACAUCGACGUCAGCGAACAGUACGCACGCAACCUAUUCACGAAGUGCGAUCGCUCAGAGGACGGACGCCUGGAGCACGGCGAGAUCGAGCUGUUCUGCCGGGAGCUGCUGCGUCGGCCGGAGCUGGACGCCGUGUUCCAACAGUACUCCGCCAACGGAACCGUGCUGUCCACCGUGGACCUGCGGGACUUCCUCAAGGAACAGGGCGAGGACAACACGCUGGUGCACGCACAGAGCCUCAUACUCACCUACGAACUCAACGAGUGGGCCCAGAAGAACCAGUACAUGACCCCUAAUGGCUUCACCAUGUACAUGCUGUCCAAGGAGAACGUGCUGUUCAACCCAGAGCACCGCACACACGUCCACCAGGACAUGAGGCAGCCCCUCGCACACUACUACAUCAACUCAUCACACAACACCUACCUCACCGCCGACCAGCUCGUAGGGGAGAGCAGCACAGAGGCCUAUAUGAGGGCGCUGAGCCACGGCUGCAGGUGUGUGGAGCUUGACUGCUGGGACGGCGAGCAGGGGGAGCCGGUCAUCUACCACGGCCACACACUCACCUCCAAGGUCACCUUCAGAGAGGUCAUACACACCAUCAACGAGUUCGCCUUCAAGGCGUCUCCGUACCCCCUGAUCCUCUCCCUGGAGAACCACUGCUCGGUGGAGCAGCAGGCUGAGAUGGCCCGGCAGCUGCGCUCCAUCCUGGGGGACAAGCUGCUCACCAGGCCCCUGAACGACAAGGAGCUCCACAACCUGCCCUCACCUGAGGCGCUGAAGGGUAAGAUCUUGGUGAAGGCGAAGAAGGAGAAGAGGGAAGAGGAGAGCAGCUCCAGCUCCGAGGGCUCCUCAUCUGAGGACGAGGCCAGAGCAGAACACAAGGCCAAGGGGAAGCCGCUGUCCAAGCUGAGCCCCGAGCUGUCGGACCUGGUGGUGUACACGCGCGCCGUGCCCUUUAAGAGCUUCCAGGAGGCCCUCUGCAAACCGGCCAAUGAGAUGUCCUCCUUCUCCGAGAGCGACGCCCUCAAACACAUCAAAGACGCAGGGAAGUUUUUCGUGCGCCACAACGCUCGUCAGCUCAGCCGUAUUUACCCAUCAGGCCAGAGGGUCCAGUCCUCCAACUACAACCCCCAGGAUAUGUGGAACGCAGGAUGCCAAAUAGUGGCGCUGAACUUCCAGACGCCGGGCGAGGCCAUGGAUCUGAACCAGGGCCGUUUCCUUGGCAACGGCGGCUGCGGCUACAUCCUGAAGCCCAACUUCCUGCGGCAGGCCGAGAGCGAGUUUAACCCCGAAAACGUCGGAGGAGGCCCGGGACACAGCCCCAUGCUACUCGUCAUUAAGGUAAUAUCGGCUCAGCAGCUGCCCAAGUCUCCACGGGACAAGCCCGGCUCCAUAGUAGACCCUUAUGUCUGGGUGGAGACGCACGGAGCACCCAUAGACAACAACAAGAAGAAGACACACCGCAUCGACAACAACGGUUUUAACCCCCGGUGGGACUGCACCUUCAAGUUCCAGCUGCACGUGCCUGAUCUGGCGCUGGUGCGCUUCGUGGUAGAGGAUCACGACUUCACCUCCAGGAACGACUUCCUGGGACAGUUCACGUGCCCCCUCAGCAGCAUGCGCCCCGGCUACCGGCACGUCCGCCUGCUAAAGGAAGAUGGCUCCAGCCUGGCCCCCUCUACGCUUUUCAUCCACGUCAAGCUCACACCCUCACACGGCUCCCCCACCAAGAAAAAGUCACCGCAAAGAGCCUGAGAACUACGCUGCCCACAAGCCUCUGCUACACACUGACUACAAUACCCAGAAGUAUGUGCUGCAGGUCCACCUCAAUAGACCUGUGGCACAGUGAUGCUGUCAAUAACUACAGCUGUGUACACUAAUGGUGCAUUCAUGUGUUCUUGGAAUUAUGGUGAAUACCAAACGACAUGGGAAACACAUAUGAACGCCACAUGAACGCCACCCAUGUGGUAUGUAGCACUGGAAACCUUGUUGAACAUUUUUAGACAUGAGUUUCUGAGACUCGUAUAAACAAGUUUCCGAGAGCACAUGAAUGCACAAUCAUACUGAAAAUGUACUAUCUACUCAUCCUCACACUCAGGAAGACUUUCUAUUCAUCCACGUGGAAGGAGGAUAACGUGGUGGAGGUCAGUGUUGUAUUAUUAUAAGAGGUAAACCAAUGACACUUGCCAAUCUUGGUGAGUCCAGCAAAUCCGACCAAUCAGGGUUUUUUUUAAUUAAUCGGUUUACUACAAACAGACCAAUGAGGAUGAGUGAUGAUGAGCAGGCUGGUGAGAAUUGUUAAGUCUGUUGACGGGGGACUUUUCAAUAAUUCUUCUCUCUGAGAAGUCACGUUGAGCUGAAUUUUCAAUAUAUUUCGUAGGCACCCAACAUGUUGUGGGCUUAAUAUUGUAACCACAAUCAAAGUCAGGGAAUGCGGGGAAUACAUCAUCAAAUAUGAAUGACAACAAUUCUUUGUUGUUUUUUGAAGAUAAAAAUGAUAUAAACAACCCUAUUAUGUAACCUAAUAACCAAUAUGAUUGCUGUAAUCAACCAUUCCAGAUACACUGACAUUUUAGUGUUAGAGUAGAGAUUCCUGACUGAACCAGAACAAUAACCCUAUUUUUCUGGAAUUGUCCUUGUUUAAGAUAAGCAAAAUCUCCUUCUAUAAUACCGCCCAGAGGGUCAAUUUCCCACCACAUAAAACCUAAUUUUUGGUGCUUAUGGAACCGAAAUGAUAGUAGGAACUAUGUUGCUAAUAAACGUGUGUAUGCUAAACGGCAUGUAACCUUUACAGUCCAAAUACAUUUCAGAUUACAGCAUGAUGCAGCUAUAGUACAAAGGACCAUGUGACAGACCAAUUUUAUAUAAUAUAAUACUAUAAGUGUCAUAAUAGAAACAUAUUGACUUUGAUAGAGUAGCAGUAGAGUAGCCUUGCAGCUUAUCAUACAUAUCAGCUUGUAGAUGGGUAGACCAAAAACUAUAGCCUGUUUAAAAUGUUUUUUAAUAAUUAAUAUAUUUCUUAGGAUACAAUUCUAUUUUAUCUGUUAUUUUUUGUUAUUUUUAUUUGUUUUGUGUUUUUCAGCUUUUUAUACUGUCUGUUAUUAUGGUGCAACAAGUGAACUGUACACAAAACAUUUGGCUGUGUUAAUUCAACACAGUCGGACCAACUAGAAGAGCGUUAAACACAGCUCUCUAAAGCCUCGUUCACACACGGCGCUGCUAAUUACUCGCUCAGAGAGUGAGGUCAACAGAAUAUUUAUGUGUUCCAACAAGGAGAGUAGCCGAGGAGAGUACAAGUGAUGCGAUGUGGGCGGAUUCCUAGUUGAAAAUAUUUUCACUUUUAGCGAGUAACCAAUUAGAAUGCAGAGUUUGAUACUUCUUGCUUUUGCAUUGGCAGUUAAAGUCGCGGAAACGUUUAGCGAACGUUCCAUGAGCAAGUGGCUUGUAGGCGAAUGAGCGAGUAGCGAGUAACUAGCAGCGACGUGUGUGAACGAGGCUAAAGUGUUGAAUUAUUAUUUUACAGAAUAUACUGUGUACCCAAGAGUAGAGCAAUAAUGGCAGCAUCGGGAUUAUAUCCGUCCAAGGGUAGCCUGGUGUUAUCAGACCACAUUUACAGUAUAUCACGAAAGUGAGUACACCCGUCACAGUUUUUGCAGAUUUGUGAGUAUUUCUUUUCAUAGGAAAGC